AUGUACCAAGCCACAAACAAUGAUGCCGUUAUGAGUCUCUUUUUUUUUUCCGGCGUCAGAUUCGAGCAGAUUUUGGAGUUCAGGCUGUUCCCUGCCCAGCUCAGGGUAUGGGCGGCCGCCUUGGAGCAAGCUGGUGUCAAGAAGUCGAGUCCGCCGAAAGUUUUCGCGCCGGUUGUGGCGACGGCAUCGCCGGCAGCUAAAACAGCACCAACGGCGGCAGCUAAAGCAUCAGCAGCAACGGGGUCAGCCAAAGCAUCAGCAGCAACGGUGUCAGCUAAAGCAGCAGCAGCAACGGGGUCAGCCAAAGCAUCAGCAGCAACGGUGUCAGCUAAAGCAGCAGCAGCAACGGGGUCAGCCAAAGCAUCAGCAGCAACGGUGUCAGCUAAAGCAGCAGCAGCAACGGGGUCAGCCAAAGCAUCAGCAGCAACGGUGUCAGCUAAAGCAGCGGCAGCAACGGGGUCAGCGGGAGCGGCAGUACGAGAAGGAGGGAGAGGUGCAUCGGUGACCGCACCGGCGGCAGCGGCAGCAAGCUCAGCACCGAAAAAGGGGAGCGAAGGGCGCAGCAACAGCAGCAGCAGCAGUAGCAGCAAGGCCGGUAGCGCCGCCGCAGAAGAUGCCAAGAACAACAACAACGCCGAGAAGAGCAGCGUUGACGACGAAGAGACGGAGACAGACCCACCAUUCGGGGAUGCCGCCAACACGGGCCCCGCCGCCACCGAACACGCCUCCAAAAAAUCAAAAACCGGACCGAGCGGCGACAGCGCUACCACCGCCACCGCCGACAACGAGGGUGACCAGGUAGCAGAGGCGGAAAUGGAAGAGGAGGAGGACGGGGCCGUCGCCGGCGGUGGAAGUGGGAGACAAAAAAAUACCGGGCUGACGUUGACGUCACAGCGGUUAUCCGUGGGGGGUAUUGUGCCGGAGGUCGGCCUUGCGUCGAGGCCCAAGGGCCGGUUCGCGAGUCAGCUUCUCCUGAACGGCAACGUCCUGUCCGCGAGGAACCGGCACGUGGUGGGGGAGUCCCCGAUUCGAGAGGUGCAGGAGCUCGCUCUGAAGGCACCUCGCAUGGGCGGUGGCAAUGUCUCCGCCCUCCGUCGCGUCUUGGCCCCCCGGAUCUUGCUGGCCCAGGACCGCCCAGGCAUCGUGACCGGUUGGUGGCAACAGGGCACAAUGGACAAGAUGCGCAUGCUCACACUGGAGGCGCUGUCCACCCUAGUCAAGCACAAGAAACAAGAAAUGGCGGCGGCAGCGGCCGCCGCCGCCGCCGCUGCUUCUGCUGGUGACGCGGGUGCAACUACCGGUGAGGGCGGCAAGUCAGCGGAAGCGGGUGCUGCGACAACGGGGGCAUCUUCUUCUUGUCUGGCUGCUGCCGUCGGGCCGGGACAUGCGAAAAAGGGCGCCAUGCGACAGCAGCAGCAGCAGCAGCAGAAAAAGGCCACCGCCGCCGGCCCCAGCGCUGCGACAGUCAGAAACCCGCUCCCGGCCAACAUGUCCAGGGACGAGUUUCGCCGCAAGACCCGGACCAUCGCAAAAGACGUGGAGGUCGUCCAAGCGCCGCCCCCGGCAAUGUCGGAAUCAGCGAUGGAUGCCGACGCGUACGGCCGAGAUGGAGACGAUGGCGGCGCCGGCGCCGGCGCCGGUAAACCUUUCAUGACCUCCAAGAGCGGCACGAGGAAGAUCGGCUUCGCUGGCACUGGCGGCCGCAGCGGUACCGGCCGCGUCGCUGGGAAGUCGGCCGGCGGCGGCGGCGGGGGCGGGAAACGGCCUGCUGGUGCAGCAGCCGGCGGUGCGCGGGGUGCCGCUGCCGUUCCGGCUUUGUUGAGGGAGGCGGACAGGGCCGUGGUGCAGUCGGACACGGACUCGGACGAGGACUCGGAGUCUGACUCUGUGAACUCGAGCGACCUCGUGGACGACACAGAGGACAGCUGGGACUCCCAGCAGGACGAUACGUCCGAUGGUGACAGAGUCUCCGAAGAAUCCGAAAUCUUCGGCGACGAGUCCUCCGCGGCAGAAGAAGACGACGAGGCCAAGGAGAAGGUGCAGGAAAAGGGGAAAGGGGACGAAAGCCCCCGAACCCCGCCCACGCGAGGCGGCAGAGUGGCCGGCCGGGGGAGGGGGAAGGGGGCUUCCGCAUCCAAGAAGAGCGGUGGGAGUUCUCGUCGCAAAAGGGCGUGAUGUGCGGGGGAAGAGAGCCUUCGCAAGGAAGAGGAGCGGUGGGAGUUCCCGUGGUUAAUGCAUGUGAUGGGCGGGUGACGGUAGCUUUCGUGUCCGCGAGGAGCGGUGGGAGUUUCCGUGAUGAAAUAAGCGUUAUAGACGAGGGUACGCUGCUGCUUGGCUUUGCUCGGGUGCAUCGCAAAGGUUAGGCUUACUGGGGUACCCGUACAGCUGCAGACUAAAAUUAAAGGGUAAGCAUUGGCGUCUGGGUGAUGGUUCACUUGCAAACGCAGUCGCCAUGAGAGCAUGGAAAUGGAUUUGGCCGAAUGUCGGGGCGGUUGGAUUGUCGAGAGUGCAACACCGGUCCGCUACGAUGAACUUGGAACUUGGAGAAUGGGCUCAAUUUCCAGGAAACUACGGAAUUGACGUCAAGAAACGCAGCUCCGAAGUGUAUCCUGCACCUUGCCAAGUAAGAAGCGAGGCCUCAAGACGUUGCUUAACAGCGGGACGCUACUGUGAACGAGAAGGGACAUGAGGGGAAGGAGGGAAGUGUAAAAGGUGUGCUUUAGUUCGGCUGCUCACAGCUUGACUGGCUGGGCAAUGACGAGCGUGAGGGGCAAGCAUGUCAUUCAAGCUGGGAGAAAAGGGUGGCGUUGGGUGCGUUGUUGGUCCGGGUGCUCACAGCUCACCGGGGCGAAAUGACGAGUAUAAGGUGCGCGAGAGUGCUCAGAUUGAGGCAGCAAGGACGACGGCGAUGAACCACUUGAUUGGGCGGCUGCCUGUCACGGGGGUUAACGGCGAGCUUGACUUGACGGGUUAAGAGGGGCGGCCGGGAUGAGACGUAACAAGCAACGAGAGGGCCGGUAGAGGCGUCAAGUGUCGUGGGCAUGCGCGAAGGUUGACGGGAGGGGCCAUGCAAAGAACAACGCGUAAGCAAUCGCAGUACGAGCCUCUUAUUUUUGGCACGAGGCUCAUUCCUUGUGUCCUGUUGGGGUAACCCGACAUGGACUCCAUUGCUUCCAUGUGUAGGGCUCGUGGGCGGGGGGCCGCUGUUCCUUUUGACCACCUUCUUCAGUGUUAAGUGUACUUUUUUUUUGGCCUGGGCUUCUUAAACCCGGGCCACUCCUGUAAGAAUUGGGGCGCAGUACUGCUGCUUAUCGGGACACAGUGUAGUGGUCCCGCAGUGUUGGGGGGAACGAGACGUUGAAAACACAAGGGUCGGGGAUAGUACCACGGUGAUUGGGAGCGUAUGUCGCAUGACGCAUUUUCACGAGGAAGGAGGAAACCGCAACGGAAAGGGUGGACAGCAGCGACAAUUUUUCCUGGUGCUGAAUACGC